CCUUUACCUUUCUGACGGGCAGACGUAAAGCUGGUCUUUUAAACGACCCGCAAAAUAAUCUGCUUUUUUUGUUAACAUCGUUGAAUAAAACUGCGUGAAAAUGGUUGUUAAGAAGCCCAGGCCAAAGAAGAAGCCAGUGACCAAGAAGGUGGCCCCAGCUCCAUUGGCUGUGAAGAAGCCCGUGGUCAAGAAAGUUGUUAACCAACUCUUCGAGAAGCGUCCCAAGAACUUUGGCAUUGGCCAAAAUAUUCAGCCCAGGCGCGAUUUGUCGCGUUUCGUGCGUUGGCCCAAAUACAUUCGCAUCCAGCGUCAGAAGGCUGUGCUGCAGAAGCGUCUGAAGGUGCCACCACCAAUCAACCAGUUCAGCCAAACCCUGGACAAGACCACAGCCGUGAAGCUAUUCAAGCUGCUGGAGAAGUAUCGUCCCGAGUCGCCGCUGGCCAAGAAGCAGCGCUUGAAGAAACUGGCUGAAGCCAAGGCCAAGGGCAAGGAAGUUGAGCCCAAGAAGAAGCCCAGCUAUGUCUCGGCCGGCACCAACACUGUCACCAAGCUCAUUGAGCAGAAGAAGGCUCAGCUGGUUGUCAUCGCUCACGAUGUCGAUCCCCUAGAGCUGGUGCUCUUCCUGCCCGCCCUCUGCCGCAAAAUGGGCGUGCCCUACUGCAUUGUCAAGGGCAAGGCACGUCUGGGCCGUCUGGUGCGCCGCAAGACCUGCACCGCGUUGGCUCUGACCACCGUCGAGAAUAACGAUAAGGCCAACUUUGGCAAGGUUCUGGAGGCUGUUAAGACCAACUUCAAUGAGCGCCACGAGGAGAUUCGUCGCCACUGGGGCGGUGGUAUUCUGGGCUCCAAGAGUUUGGCACGCAUCGCCAAGCUGGAGCGUGCCAAGGCUCGUGAGCUGGCCCAGAAGCAGGGUUAAGUUAGAGAUGCGCAGCAGAUGCAGCAACUAUUUUGUAUGCCUAAAUAGCAUAUGGACGUCGAUUCAAGUAGAGAGUUGAUCCCAAAUCCAUACGAAAAACAACAACAAAUAAACAUUUAAGUGUACAAUUUUUAA